AUAGUGACGCACAAAUGUGAGCGUGUGCACUUGCCGGUGUUUUCCGUAGUUAUAUGGGUGCAUUAAUAUUCGGAGGGAUGUAUUAUUUGUAGCAUAUUUUAGAUAUCAGCUAUGAAAAACACAUUUCUCUUAUAACUAGUAGACCAAGUGGUUAACUGGUAAAGGACAGCUCGACCCGGCGGACUCCAGCAGCUGACCAGGGCAUCGCCCCGCUGCGGACCGGAGCGCCGGGCUGAACCUGCCGCGGCGGCUCGCCGCCUUCACUGCCACAAACCAUGGCCACAGAGACGGACAUCGCCACGGAGGUGUCCCACUUCGAGUCGCUGCCGGCCGAGGCGUGGCUGGUGCGCUCCUGCGAGCAGUUCGAGGCCGAACUGAAGGAGUGCCGCCGACCCAAGGGCCGCUUCCACCAGUACUUCAUCCACGGCGAGCUGGCCGACUGCUCUCAGUGGCGCGAGGACGUGGCCAACUGCUACCGCUGGCGGCGCAAGGCCGACCCGGAGGCCAUGGCCGCGCUGGUCGAGAGCGAGCGCGCGCGACGGGACGCCCGGCUUGCGGCGCACAGGGCUAACACCGUCUGGGAGUCGCGGCCGGCGCCGCCCGACGGCUGGAACGGCCCGCUGCCCGAGCACCUCGAGCGGAAGCGGCAGGACUCCUUCCUGCACCGUAUGCAGACUGAGGACGCGGCACGGGAGCGCGAGGGGAGUGAUGGCGCCACCGCGCCGCCGCAGCCCCCAGAGACGCCCCAGCGUGCCCAGUGCGUGGUCCAGUAGUGCGAUGAUUUAGCCAAGUGUCGAGUGUGAUGAUUUAGCAGGUCAGGGCCCUGUCAGGGAGGCCAGACAUGGCACGCGCGAUGCAUCAAUUAGUGGCGCGUACCCGGUACAGACUACGUUGUGAACCAGGGACGUUUUAUACGCAAAGAUGCUGAUACGAGGUAAUAUAUGUUCGUGGCGCUCCUU